AUGGCGGCGAGUGUACGUGUGUUGUUGCAGGUGGUGGUGGUGGUGUUCGGUGUGACGCACGCCUUCGUAGACGAGGCGGUGGACGUGCUGAAGCUGGGCGUGGAGAUCGGGGAGGAGGUGCUACAGUCAUGGGACGUGAUCGGGAAACAGUUCAACUCCACCGGGGGAGUGGAACUACCGAUCAUUAAGAGGAGGGAGAGGAUGGUGCUGGCGAAACUGGCGGACAUCUCUAAGGCGAUACAGAGGCUGGAAAUACAAGUGGAGAGGAAUGGGGUCGUCGCUAUGUUACUAGCAAGGGCCUCCAACAGGGGCGCCCGGCUGGAGCUAAGGCUACACGAACUGGGGGACCUGCUGAGUAGAGUGACGUCAGCUGACAGGCAGAUGAGGGAGUACGUGCGGCUACAGAGGGAGUUGGAGAGGAUCACGCUGGAGGACUUCGCCGAGUGGUGCGUGUCACACGACCCGGGGGCGCUGCCCGGCCUGCUCGAGAGGGUUCACUCACUGAUAGCGCCUCCAUACAGACAUCUACUGGGAGGGGGCGGGAUACUGCACAUGAUCCUCAGCGAUUUACAGGUUCGGUACACAUUAGUUACAUAG